AUGAGGCUACCACCUUGUCGAGUAACUGAAGAUGAGCUGCUAGAAGAGACGCUUGCGCGGAUGGCUUUCGCUUGUCUUGUUCCCUUGGACGAUCCAGGUAGCGUCACCCGUCUAGUUGACCACUUGGCAGAACAGACAAAACGUGCUGAAGAACGGCAUAACUUUUGGAGCUCAGGUCCCCGUCUCAUUCACCUUCCGAGUGUAGAGAUGAUCCGCAAGUAUUGCGAGUAUUAUGCUGCUUUGCGUUUUACUGGCAUCGUCUUCCGGCACUACUUCCUCUCCCGUGGAGCUGCUUUCUAUGUGAAACUUCUCAGUGAAAAUACAACCGGAUUCUGGCGAGAACUCAUAGGUUGCAUGCAACAUCUCGUUCAAACAGAACUUACUCGGGCAUGGCAUUCACCUAUCUUCGAAAUGCUUUACCGUGCUGUUACGUGGGAUCCGCUCCUCGAUAAAGACGGGACACGCUCCACUAAGCUUCGCGAUUUGUUGAUUUGUGACGCCCUUAAUAUCUUCGAGUCAUAA